GGGAAUCAUUGAGGGAUUAUGUGGCAAGGUACACACGGGCAUGCGUCGAUGUCCCCUCGGCCACCGAGAAAAUCAAGUCAGGAGGGCUCACUCGAGGACUGCUCCCAGGGCUAUGCAGAAACUCCCUAGCAAAGCGACCCGGGAGGACGUUCGAUGAGGUGUUAGGAAGAUGCGCCAAAUACAUGAAUGUUAAAGAAGCUGAAGCUGACUUUCUGCAAGCAGCUAAGUCAAAAACUGAGCCUCGGGACGAGAAGAAGGAUAAAAAGCCUGUCGCGACGACUGAAAGGAAGGGAUCCCCGAGGUCUGAAAGAGAAGGACGAUCAAGGGGAUGGAGGACAGCCCAAUAUACUCUCCUGUUAGCUUCGAAUGCAAGGAUACUGGAGGUUAUGGAGAAAGAAAUUCGUGACAAUGUUGUCAGGUGGCCACGGACGAGAAAGGAUGGGCCGACAAAACCUAAAAGCGAUCUGUAUUGUCGAUUUCACAAAGACUACGUCCAUAAUACCGGUGAAUGUCGGCACCUAAAAAAUAAGAUUGAGAGACUAAUCAAAGCAGGCCAUUUGAAGGAAUUCAUUUAUAAGGAUCGAGAGCGAACCAGUCGGCGCAGGGAGAGAAGCAAAAGCCCUCACAAGAGAGCAAGGACAACCGACAAGGAGGAGCUCCCUCAGAAAAGAGGAGUAAUUCACAUGAUAUUCAGAGGGCCGACUGAUGGAGAUUCGAAUCGGGCUAGAAAGGCAUAUGCUCGAGGGAACCACGGAAAAAUCGAAGUGCAACAGGUCGAGGAAAACGGUCCAGUGAUGAAUUUUGGACCAGUAGACAUGGGAGAAGUCGAGAGACCUCACAACGAUGCCCUAAUGAUCACAGCUCAGAUAUCAGGCUAUGAAGUACAAAGAAUCUUCGUCGACACGGGAAGCUCGGUGAACGUGAUUUUUUACAAUUGUCUUAAGCGGAUGGAACUCGACAUCGAGCUCUCACCCCUACACACUUCACUUUUUGGAUUUAAUGGCCCGGAAGUCGCACCCCUAGGAGAAACCACGCUUGCUGUCGUCCUGGGGGAAGGCGACUUAAGGAAAGUGAAAAUGGUACGAUUUGUCGUAGUCGAC